AUGCUCGGUAUGUGUAACAACUUCGCGUAUAUUAUUAUGCUUAGUUCUGCCAAAGAUAUAUUGUCAGCUGAUGGAAAUAUGCUUCCGUCUGGGAAUUCCACAAUAUUUGCUUGUGAAGUUCGGGAAUCUGCGAAAAGAUUUAAAUCAUCUGUUGGUGCAGUUUUUUUAUUUGAAGCAAUUAGUUUUUCUAAUUUUUUUAAUCAGAUGGUAUUUUUCAAGGAAGUGAUAUCUAGUCGUAAAUGUUCGAAAAUUUCAACCGGUUCUGUCCUUUUGGCAGAUAUUCUUCCAGCAUUAAUCGUUAAAAUCUUCGCGCCCUUUAUUAUGAAUCGUGUUCCAUUUGGUAUGCGGCAUUUAAUCGUUGUUGCUUUGCAAGCAACAAGUUUCAUGCUCGUUGCUAAUUCAAAAAAUGUUUUCGAUGCAUUGUUCGGGGUUGUCCUUGCAAGUGCUGGUUCAGGCCUGGGUGAAGUAACCUAUUUAUCUCUUGCCUCAUUUUAUCAUAGCUAUACGAUAACCGCUUGGUCAUCAGGUACUGGUGGAGCGGGUAUAUUGGGCUCAUUUAUUUAUGCAUUAUUUACCGAUGAACAUAUGUUAGGCUUUUCACCGCGAGAUGCUCUUCUUACUAUGCUAGUUGUACCACUAAUCUUUAGCUUUGCCUAUUGGAAAUUGUUAAUAUUGCCUCCUAAAAUUCAUCGUGUUUAUUUGCUAAAUCCAUCGACAUAUAUCGUCUCGGCAUCCAGUAUGUUUUUUGCUAACAUGACCAUUGAACGUGACCAUUCUAGUGACGAUGAACUUGCUGAACUCAUCGAAGAUGAAGAAAGGGAGCAUUUUUCGGCCCCAGUUUCAAUGCUAGAGAAAUUUGCAGCUGCAAAGCCUCUUUUCUGGUUUAUGAUGCCGUUAUCAAUCGUAUAUUUUGCUGAAUAUUUCAUCAAUCAGGGUUUGGUUGAACUGUUGCAGUUCGAUUGUUCUCACGGUUUUGGUCUUAGUUGGUCAACACAAUAUAAGUGGUACCAGGUGCUCUACCAAAUAGGUGUUUUUAUUUCUCGGUCUUCUGUUGAAUGUUUCGAGAUUCCAGUUAAAUUCCUAAAGUUUUUACCUGUGCUACAGAUGCUGAAUGCUGCAUUCUUUUUUUGGGAUGCAGUGAAAGAAUUCAUACCACACGUAAUUCUUGUAUUUAUAAUUAUUUUUUAUGAAGGAUUGUUGGGAGGUGCAGCAUAUGCAAAUACUUUCAUGGCAAUACACAAAUUGGUAUCACCUGAAAGAAAAGAAUUCAGUAUGGCAUUUGUAUCAAUGUCUGAUUCUUUUGGCAUUGUUUGUGCUGGCAUUCUAGCUAUACCAGUUCAUAAUUUUAUUUGCAAUAUUAACAACCCCGGAUCUAUUUGA